AUGUUACCUACGGUCAAUAAUCGCAUAGUUAUUGCACUUGACGCCUUUGGGGAUGAUUUUGCUCCUCUUUCCGUAAUUCAGGGUGCUGGUUUUUUUUUGGAUAACCUUGUUGAUUCAGGCAUUAAAGUUCUUUUUCAUAUUUAUGGAGAUAAGGAAAAAGUAUCUCCUUUGCUUUUGAAAUAUAAAAAAGUAAGUAACAAUUCUGAGUUUACUCAUUGUUCUGACAAUGUUCUUGCAAAUGAUAAGCCAUCUUUUGCACUGAGACAUCGUAAAGACUCAAGUAUGAAAGCUGCAAUUGUUGCAGUGAGAGAAGGUAAAGCUUUAGGAGUGGUAUCUUCAGGCAACACCGGGGCAUUGAUGGUAAUUUCCAGAUUUAUUUUAGGAACAUUACCAAAUAUUUAUCGUCCUGCUAUUGUCUCUAUCUGUCCAACUAAGACAAAAAGCUUCGCUUUGCUUGACCUUGGUGCAAAUAUCGAUUGUAAUGCCGAUUCGUUAUUCCAAUUUGCAUUAAUGGGAAGUAUAUUUGCAAAAGUAGCGCUAAAAAUUGACAAUCCUGAGGUUGCUUUGCUAAAUAUCGGUACAGAAGAAGUUAAAGGUAAUGACUCAGUGCGCGACGCUUUUGAGUUGCUUAAAAACGCUCCAGGCAUUAAUUACAAAGGGUAUAUAGAGGCAAGUGAAUUUUUAGAGGGUAAUAUAGAUUUGAUUGUUGCUGAUGGUUUUGUUGGCAAUGUAAUGCACAAAACAGCUGAGGCAACCGCUAGUACUUUUAUCAAUCUAAUAAAGCAGGAAGUAUUCAACUCGUGGAUAGCGAGAAUGCUUAUUGGUAUAUUGUUAAAAUCUAAACUAAAUAAAGCAUUAACGCGUUUUAAUCCCAAAAUUAGAAGUGGAGAUAUGUUUUUAGGGCUGAAUGGUAUCAUCAUUAAAAGUCAUGGAAAUUCUGAUGUUAUUUCUUUUGCCUAUGCUAUAAAAUUUGCAGUAAAUGCAAUUAGUGAAAAUUUAAAUCAAAAGAUAAUUAACAGGAGAACAGGAAUAGUUCAAAGGCAUAUAGCAGAUGAAGGAGAAUUAACUUCAGAUCUAGCUGUUGCUGCUGAUUCGCUCUUAAAAUCUAGCAAUAGAAUUAAAUAUGCGCUCCUUAUUGGUGCUGAAAUAAUGUCUAGGAUUGUUGACUGGGAAGAUAGGUCAACUUGUGUACUCUUUGGUGAUGGUGCUGUUGCAGUGAUAAUAAAAUCGGAAAUGGUUAGCAGCGUCAUCACAUCAACAAACUUACACUCUGAUGGCAAUGUGGACAUAUUAUGUACGAACGUAGGGGUAUCCUCUACUGAUGAUUCUGGAAAAAUGUGCAUGAAUGGAAGAGAAAUGUUUAAACAUGCAGUGGAUAAGUUAACAGCCUCAGUAGAGGAAACACUAAGAUUCAAUAAUUUGAAAAUCACUGAUAUUGACUGGUUAAUUCCCCAUCAAGCAAACAUUCGUAUUAUUGAAGCAGUAGUAAAGAAAUUAGAUUUUCCUAUAGAGAAAGUGAUUAAUACCGUUGAUAAGCAUGCAAACACCUCAGCAGCGUCAAUUCCACUGGCUUUAGACUAUGCAAUACAAGAAUCAAAAAUAAAAUCAGGAAAUCUGGUACUGCUGAUUGCAAUAGGUGCAGUUAGUAAAGGUAGGCGUGAGGUUAAUGAUUAUAGUAAAUUUUAUAAGCCAUUUAAGUUUUCAAAAAGAGAUCUUGAAAAACACUUGCCGGUCUUUGAGGUUGAUACUAAGUUACUUAGGUUAACUAAUUCUUCUUUUCUUGCCAAAAAAGGUUGCUUCAUCAAUGAUGACAAGGGAGAAGUUGAUGAGAAAGAUAUAGAUGAAAAAGGAAGAAAUGGAAAAUUACUAUACGCUAGUGAUUACAGGAAGCUAAGCACCCAUUUCUCAGAAAUUAGAGAUCAGGAUGGUAAUCUAGAGCUAGAUAAAAGUCUUAUAUCUGUUCCUAUCGUUUUUGCUACAAGCUUGGCUAAAGUUUGUACUAAAUUGUUGACCUCUCUUCCUAUAAAGUUAGGGGAGUAUUUAAUAAGCGAGCAAAACACAAUUGCAAAGUCUUUUGGCUAUUUUUUGUUCAUCCCUACAAUGGCAGUAAAAAAUUUAGUGAAUAUGGGAGCUACCAUACUUAAGGCUCCAAUUUUAUUAUUUGCAGCAGAUGAUAAGAAGUAUGGUGAUGCUUACUUCACUAUGUGGAAACACCAAUUGAAAGAAUGUUGGGAAGAAGCAAAAAGUGACUUUAAUGUUAUUAAAGGUGGAGAAAUGCUAAAGCCAGGGCAAAAGGAUCAUAAGCCACUUAGUAUAGUGGGCACAUGUGAUGAGCUUAACGCUAGAAGGCCAGGUGUUGAAAAAGACUUAGAGAAGCCGUCAAAUAAAAGUAGUGAAAGUAUAGAUAAAUCUAGAGAACCAGAUAUUGGAAAAAGCUUAAAGAAGGAGAAGUUGCAAAACAAAAGUAAUGAGAAAAUAGCUGCGUCUAAAAAAGCAGAUGUUGAAAAAGUGAGUGAUACUCCACAUGUUAGUGAAGUACUAAGCAGGCGGAGUUCAUUGUCAGACGAAAAAUUUCAAUUACUUCCUCGCUAA